GGAAAGAUUUACCUUCACCUCCUAAUUUUGCAUAACAGGAGACGGCGACCAACACUCGUGGCAGCCACGCACGGUAUACUAUGGAAAACCUCAUGGACCUCCGCUCCACUGAAGAUGGAUAUAACAGCAGCAGCAUUGUUCUUGAAAAACAAGUAUUUAGAUCGAAAGUGCCAGAAUCACAUGUUCAGCUGGCUUGCAGCCUCCAUUACUGUGCUUUUCCCUUAAAUGGAAAUGAACUUUGUAUUUGGAAUAUGAGUGAUGAGCCCAACCAUCAGCCAUUGCGUUUAAUAGGUCAUCAUCACUCAAUUACUGCACUGGCAUUUGGGACCAAAGUCGAUCCUCUCCUUAUUUGUUCUGCUUCACAAGAUUAUGUGAUAGUUUGGAAUCUGGAUGAAUGUACAAAGAAGGUGCUAGAAGGGUUAAUGCCACAAGGUAUUGUGAUAGGAACACUUCUGGGGAUGGUGCUUUAUGUUCGCUUUAGUCCAGAUGAUCAGACUGUGGCAGUAUGUGCUGGUAAUCGAAUCUACGUGCUAAAUGCAAAGGAUGAAGCAAUACUUGCUGAACUAGAAGGCCAUCUGGCACCAGUAACUGCUGCUGAAUUUUGUACUUGGGAGAAAAAUAUACUUAUAUCGAUUUCAGAAGAUAGAAGUUUUAAGGUCUGGGAUUACUGUAUUGGACUGCUAAUAUAUCAAUCAGCAGUAAUAACAGCAUUUCCUCUUUUAAGUCUCUUUAUUGAUGAAGCAAAUAAACAGAUUAUUACUGGAUGUGCAGAUGGACAGCUAUGGAUCUUCAGUUUGAUUAGUGGACAUAAGUAUCGUUCUGUAAUUCAUAUUAAUGUAAAGAAAGAGAGAAAAAAGUUUUACAACAAAAUAACAAAGUUCGAGCAUUGGGAUCAGAUUCAGAAUAUUUCCCAGGCAUCUAAUAUAAGCAAUAUCGAAGAAGAAGAUGCGGUUGAAACUACCUUUCCAAUCCUUAGAAUGGAACACUGUGAUAAUCCAGCAAAUUUUGGUGAUAAAGAAUCUAGUUCUAUGUGGAGAACAAAAUUGUUUUACUGGAAGUUAACGUUGUGCUGCUCGUUGAGAUGCCAACAGAAUAGCCUCCUUUUAAGUGGAAGGGAGGAAGGCUUUUCUGCAGUUGCAAGAUGUCCUCUUCUUGUGACCUCUCCCUUGUACGCGAAGAAGGAAAAAGUCAAACUUGUAAAUAAAACAGGUACAAAAACCCAUAUAAAAGACAAGCCAUUGGUUUUUCAUAACAAAAUUAAAUCAUCAGGUUAUACAUCAGCACCACACAUGCUCAUGUUCUCCCCAAAUUCCAAAGUAAAACACAACAGGUUGACAUCGGAAUGCAAGAGGAGUUGGAGACGAAGAAAUAAGGAAGACUAUCCACUUGGAAAAUCUCCUCCAACCGAAAGUGUGAGGCAAAUUACUGUAACUGAUAAACCAACUCCCAUAUGCUGUAUUCAGUAUUCAGGAAAUGGAGAAUUAUUGGCUUGUGGUUUAGCUGACAAAACAUUGCUGGCAUUCAAAUCAAACCUUAUAGGAGAACCAACUGUUUAUUCAGGACACGAUGGCGCCAUUACCUCAGUAGGUUGGAGCCAUGACAACAAUUGGCUUGUUUCAUCUUCUGAAGACAGAACAUUAAAGAUCUGGUCAGUUAGCAGCGCAGAACCUGCUUUAUGUCUGGGAAAGGAAAUAUUUCACAAAUCUGUCCGAUCAGCCCAGUUCUAUUAUAUAGAUACAUUCAUAUUACUGUCCUGUGGAGCAGAAUUUUAUUUAUUAAGAUACUAUCUUGACACCAGUAAAGAUGAGAUAAAACGAUAUAGAACGAAGAGUAUUUGCAAAUCAAUACAGAAAUUUCCAAUGGCGUCUACAGUGGAAAUUACUAGCCUUUCAGCAGUGAAUGAUUUCUAUUCCUAUAUUGUAUUGGUAGCUGGGAGUAACCGAGCACUAGAAAUAUUUGACCUCAACGUGGGCUGCAGUGCAGCUGUGAUAAGAGAUGCCCAUUCUAGAUCAGUUCACCAGAUUUGCCAAAAUAAGGGAUCAUCUUUUAGCUGUCAACCACAUGAAGCUUACAAUCUCUUUUUAACAGCAGCCAUUGGUGAUGGCAUCAAACUUUGGGAUUUGAGAACAUUGAGGUGUGAGCGUCGUUUUGAAGGUCAUAAUAGCCGCUGUCAUCCAUGCGGAAUUAGUGUUUCUCCUUGUGGCCAGUUCAUCGCUUGUGGAUCUGAAGAUAAAUGUGCUUAUAUAUAUGAGAAGCAUUCCAGUACCUAUUCUUAUAAACUGACAGGACACACUGAAUCUGUAACCAAUGUGACUUUUAAUCCAUCAUCUCCCCAGCUAAUUUCAGCUACCUUGGAUGGCAAAUUGCAAUUGUUUCUACCCCAAUAACAAUCACCCCUGACAUCUUUGGUGUUUCUACAUUGAGAAUUAAACUUCUUGAAAGAAAGAAAAAAGAUUAGUAGCUGAGCAUGGUAACUGGGAAAACUAGCAAAUUUUAAUUAAACAGAGUCUUCCAGAUUUGUUCUACUAUUUGUCAACCAGCUGGGAUUUGCUUUAAAAAAAAACUUACUGCUGGAAAAGCAGCUUCACAGGUGAUACCAAAUGAUAGAUUUUUAAUAUUUUGUGUGGUUAGGUUAUUUUUAGCUCAAGACUUAAAUUUCUGUAGUGUUCUAAUACAUUUUACUGAUAUUUUGGAUGGUUGUUUUAUGACCACCCAAUUUUUUAUUAUUACAUAAAUUAGAUAAAACUUUUGUUAUUCAGUUCCUUGCUAACACCUAAUCCUCAAUAAUAAAGGAACAGUCUACUCAUUCCUCUUGCAUCUUGAUUUAAUUACAAAGACCGUCUGAGAUGCUAAGUAUUUCCUCUGCAUUUGGAAAUUCUAGCAAUAUUUUAAUAUAUUUCAUGUACCUUUGAUUUUAUGUGGUCAAUAGACACUAUUAUGCAAUGCAUUUCUUUUUCUUUAAAAAAAAUUCUUUAGUUGACUAAUGAAAAUGGAUAUAACAUAUGGUUCUUUAAAAAAAAGAAUAAUACCAAAUGCAAUUUGCUCAACUGACUAUUAAAAUAUCAAUAAAGACAGGUAUUUUUUGCAGGAUUUUUAAAAGUUAAUUUUUAACUGCUUAAUGUUCUUUCACACAACUUUAAAUCUCCUGGAAGAAAGUAAAAUAAGUUAAUAAGGUAAAAUAAGUAAAAAUAAUAAAUAGUUUCACCAUUCUCAGAACCAUAACAAUGGAAGCUCAGCCAAAAUAAGGGUCACUACUGGUUAAGACACAUUUAUUUAACUAGCUGUGCUUUCCGUAAUAUGGAAACAAGUGAUCAUCUGAGUACAAAUUCUUCAGUAAACUAGUCAGAAGAUUUUUGAACAAUAGGGUGUCGAUGUUCAAAAUGUCUUUAAUUAAUGGGGGAUAGUUAUAAUACUUAGGAAACAUUUAAUUAGAUGUAAUUGUAUAUUAAAAUAAAUCCUGCUGCUAAUGAAAAAAGCUUGAUGGGAGCAAUAGUCAAUAUAUUAUUUUCAUAAUGACAAGCAUCAAUUUGUUAUGCUUACACUAAGAAUCCUUGUAGAUUAUGGGUUUAAAAGAAAUACUUUGCCAUAAAAGAAGGAAUAUCAUCUAAUGUUUGACAUGUAGUAACAAAAUAUAUCUGUUGGUUCAGUCUUCAAAGGUAUUCAUACUUUUAGCAGUAUGAUUGUUGAAAACACAGGUGCCUCUGAAGUACUAGAUCACCAGUAGAGUAUUGUUUGAUAGGACUUCUCCUGCUGUUUAUAAUGAAUUUAAACCCUUUGUACAAUAUUUGAAUAGACCACCCCCCUGCCCCAUUUAUACAGAAUAAGGGUCUGCAGUGACAUAGGAGAAGGGGUGAAACUACUAUAAUAAUUUCCACUUCUUCAACUACGGCCGCACUCCCAUUUUUCUAGAACUCGUUUCUCUUUUUCAAUAUUAUCUGCCUCUUUGUCUCUAUUCUGCCUCUCUCUGUGUUUAUAGGAUAACUGUCUAUUUGAAAAGUAACAUGA